AUGCCGUUUGUUGAAAGGUCUUUGCCGGUGAAAUACCUGGGAGUUCCUCUUAUUUCUUCAGGUCUUCAUUAUAAAGAUUGCAAGAUUCUUGUUGAAAGACUGGAUCAAAGGAUUUCCAACUGGAAGAACAAGCUUCUAUCCUUUGCAGUUCAGGAAAUUCAUGAUAACGGAUCUUGGAGGUGGCCUGAGGCGUGGAGGGAUUCUUAUCCUGUCUUAAUCCAGCUUGAUAAUCUUCAGCUGGAAUCUAGCCGAUCUGAUAAGCUCUUGUGGAACGAUGGCAAUGAUUUAGCUGACUACUCUUCAUCUCGGGCAUGGCAUUCUAUUAGAGAGCAUGCUAAGGAAGUAGAUUGGACAAAUCUAGUAUGGUUCACUCAAUGUAUUCCCAAGCAUGCAUUUUUCAUGUGGCUGGUCUUUCGUCGUAAGCUUCUAACUCAAGAUAUAAUUCUGCAAUGGGAUUGGUCGAGAAGGAAAAACAUGAAUAUGAUGUGUUGUCUUAUGUGUUAUGAGGAUAAUGAUUCUCAUAAUCAUCUGUUCUUUGAAUGCAAUUACUCCACUCAAGUUUGGAUCAAUGUGCGGGGUAAGGGGGGUAUGAAUACUGUCUCGCCAGAAUGGGAACCUAUUGUAAGCUGGUUAGCGGCUCGUGCUUCUUCAAAAUCAGCUAUUAACUUCAUCAGUCGGCUCAUAGUUGCAGCUUCGAUCUACUUUGUCUGGCAGGAACGAAAUGCCAGUAUAAUCAAGAACCAGACGAGACCCCCAGACGUCCUGAGUGACUUAAUCGUGCAGACAGUUCGAUAUAAGCUAAUGGGAGUUAAGUUUAAGGAGAGCUCUAAUGUUCGAAGAUUGCUGGAAUCUUGGGGGAUAUAUUCAACACGGAUGGAAGAUGAUGGAGGCUGA